AUGAUGGGGAACCAAGAAACACAAGAUUACGAUUUCUACUCCGUUCGCAAAGAUUCUCAAAAGCGCCAAAACUUCUUCGGCAAGCUAGAAUCCGUAAAAUCAUGGCUUAAAAGCAUGAAUCCCUUUUCAUCAGCCUCCUUAUCAACUAACCCAUCAGCCUCCUCAUCCACCUCCACUGGGCAAAUGAUGAAAAGUGUUUACGACCUGGUAUAA